GCAUUCAGCAUUGUGCGUUCCAAAUAUAAAACAAAAAUAAUUUCAUCAGUGUAUAUAACAGCACUGAAACUAUAACACGAUCUAUUCUGCAAAGAAACCCAAAAAGUGCUCAGAAAAGCUCAAUUGCUUAGAAACAUAAACAAUCAGCUUUAAUUGUUGAUUGCAAUUCGGCUAAAACUAAAACAGUAAAAUUGUCUGCGAUAGAAAAAAUUUAAAUAAUUGUUACAGAUACCGCGCAAAUGGCUAAGAAGUACCUCAAUGUUCGCAGUCGACAAUGAGCAGAGUUAGGCAGCUCCACAAUCACAUCUGGAAUAAUCAGAACUUUGAUAAAGUGAAAUCGGUUAUGGACUGGUUACUAGCAACUCCGCAGUUGUACAGCGCGUUCUCCUCCUUGGGUUGCUUGGAGGGCGAUACCUAUGUGGUCAACCCGAAUGCAUUGGCCAUUCUGGAGGAGAUCAACUACAAGCUCACCUAUGAGGACCAAACACUGCGCACCUUUCGACGGGCCAUUGGAUUUGGCCAGAAUGUGAGGUCAGACCUGAUACCGCUGCUGGAGAAUGCCAAGGAUGAUGCGGUCCUGGAGUCGGUCAUCCGGAUACUCGUCAAUCUGACGGUGCCGGUGGAGUGCCUCUUCUCCGUGGACGUGAUGUACCGCACGGAUGUGGGUCGCCACACCAUCUUCGAGCUGAACAAGCUGCUGUACACCAGCAAGGAAGCAUUUACCGAGGCCAGGAGCACCAAGAGCGUGGUGGAGUACAUGAAACACAUACUGGAGUCGGACCCUAAGCUGUCGCCGCACAAAUGCGAUCAAAUCAACAACUGUCUGCUGCUGCUGAGAAAUAUCCUGCACAUUCCAGAGACGCAUGCCCAUUGCGUGAUGCCCAUGAUGCAGUCGAUGCCGCAUGGCAUCUCCAUGCAGAACACGAUCUUGUGGAAUCUCUUCAUCCAGAGCAUCGACAAGUUACUCCUGUAUCUGAUGACCUGUCCGCAGAGAGCCUUCUGGGGAGUGACCAUGGUGCAACUGAUUGCUUUGAUCUACAAGGAUCAGCAUGUGAGCACUCUGCAAAAACUACUUAGCCUCUGGUUCGAAGCCUCUCUGUCGGAGAGCUCUGAGGAUAAUGAGAGUAAUACCUCGCCCCCCAAACAGGGCAGUGGCGAUUCCAGCCCCAUGCUGACCUCUGAUCCUACCUCUGAUUCCUCGGACAAUGGCAGCAAUGGCCGUGGCAUGGGCGGUGGCAUGCGGGAAGGAACAGCGGCCACUUUGCAGGAGGUGAGCCGCAAGGGUCAGGAGUAUCAGAACGCCAUGGCCAGAGUGCCAGCGGAUAAGCCCGAUGGCUCCGAAGAGGCCAGCGAUAUGACGGGGAACGACAGCGAGCAGCCUGGAUCGCCGGAGCAAUCGCAGCCCGCCGGCGAGUCCAUGGACGAUGGAGAUUACGAGGACCAGAGACACAGGCAACUGAACGAGCAUGGCGAGGAGGAUGAAGAUGAGGACGAAGUGGAGGAGGAAGAGUACCUACAAUUGGGCCCAGCCUCGGAGCCCCUAAACUUAACACAACAACCAGCUGACAAGGUCAACAACACUACCAACCCAACGUCCAGUGCGCCACAAGGCUGCCUGGGCAAUGAGCCAUUCAAGCCACCACCUCCUCUGCCAGUCAGAGCCUCCACCUCGGCACACGCUCAAAUGCAGAAGUUCAACGAAUCGUCCUACGCGUCCCACGUAUCUGCGGUCAAAUUGGGCCAAAAGUCCCCACAUGCCGGCCAGCUCCAGCUGACCAAGGGCAAGUGUUGCCCACAGAAGCGGGAAUGCCCCUCCUCGCAGUCGGAGCUAUCGGAUUGCGGUUAUGGCACCCAGGUGGAAAAUCAGGAAUCCAUUUCCACCUCCAGCAACGACGAUGAUGGGCCGCAGGGCAAGCCGCAGCACCAGAAGCCUCCGUGUAACACGAAGCCACGGAAUAAACCACGGACGAUUAUGUCGCCAAUGGACAAAAAGGAGCUUAGACGCAAAAAACUGGUCAAGCGCAGCAAAAGCAGCCUCAUCAACAUGAAGGGUCUGGUACAGCACACCCCCACCGAUGAUGACAUCUCCAAUCUGCUGAAGGAAUUCACCGUGGAUUUCCUCCUCAAGGGUUACAGCUAUCUGGUGGAGGAACUGCACAUGCAACUGCUUUCCAAUGCGAAGGUGCCCAUUGACACAUCGCACUUCUUCUGGCUGGUCACCUACUUCCUGAAGUUUGCCGCCCAACUGGAGCUGGAUAUGGAGCACAUCGACACUAUUCUCACCUACGAUGUUUUGAGCUACUUGACCUAUGAGGGUGUGUCCCUAUGUGAGCAACUGGAACUGAAUGCCCGACAGGAGGGCAGUGACCUGAAGCCCUAUCUAAGGCGAAUGCACUUGGUGGUGACGGCCAUCCGGGAGUUCCUCCAGGCCAUUGAUACGUACAACAAAGUGACUCAUCUGAACGAGGACGACAAAGCCCAUUUGAGGCAGCUUCAGCUGCAGAUUAGCGAAAUGUCCGAUCUGAGGUGCCUUUUUGUGCUUCUGCUGAGGCGUUUCAAUCCCAGCAUUCAUUCCAAGCAGUAUCUUCAGGAUCUGGUGGUUACCAAUCACAUCCUCCUACUCAUUCUGGACAGUUCGGCCAAACUUGGUGGAUGUCAAACCAUUCGCCUGUCGGAGCACAUAACACAGUUUGCCACGCUGGAGGUGAUGCACUACUAUGGCAUUCUGUUGGAGGACUUCAACAACAACGGAGAGUUUGUCAAUGACUGCAUCUUCACCAUGAUGCAUCACAUCGGUGGCGAUCUGGGCCAGAUUGGGGUUCUAUUUCAACCAAUUAUUUUGAAAACCUAUUCAAGAAUUUGGGAAGCGGACUAUGAACUGUGCGAUGACUGGUCUGAUCUUAUCGAGUAUGUGAUUCACAAGUUCAUGAAUACUCCUCCGAAGUCGCCACUCACCAUUCCUACAACUUCCUUGACGGAAAUGACCAAGGAACACAACCAGGAGCAUACCGUUUGCUCUUGGUCGCAGGAGGAAAUGGACACACUUUAUUGGUAUUAUGUGCAGAGCAAGAAGAACAACGAUAUUGUGGGAAAGAUAGUUAAGCUCUUCAGCAACAACGGCAACAAGCUGAAAACCAGGAUUUCUAUUAUCCAACAACUUUUGCAACAAGACAUUAUCACCCUGUUGGAAUACGAUGACCUGAUGAAGUUCGAGGAUGCGGAGUAUCAGAGAACUUUGCUGACAACUCCCACUUCCGCAACAACAGAGUCUGGAAUUGAGAUUAAGGAGUGCGCCUACGGCAAACCCUCAGAUGAUGUUCAGAUCCUGCUGGACCUGAUCAUUAAGGAAAACAAGGCGCAGCAUUUGUUAUGGCUGCAAAGGAUCCUCAUUGAGUGCUGCUUCGUUAAACUGACCCUGCGGAGUGGUCUCAAGGUUCCGGAAGGCGAUCACAUCAUGGAGCCGGUGGCCUACCACUGCAUCUGCAAGCAGAAGUCCAUUCCGGUGGUGCAGUGGAACAACGAGCAAUCCACUACGAUGCUGUACCAGCCUUUUGUUCUCCUGCUCCACAAGCUGGGCAUUCAGCUGCCGGCGGACGCGGGCUCGAUCUUCGCCAGAAUUCCGGACUACUGGACACCGGAGACAAUGUACGGACUCGCCAAAAAGCUGGGACCGCUGGACAAACUCAACCUCAAGUUCGACGCCAGUGAACUGGAGGAUGCGACGGCGUCGAGUCCGUCGCGUUACCACCACACCGGACCCCGCAACUCGCUCAGCUCGGUAAGCAGCCUGGACGUGGAUCUCGGCGAUACCGAGGAGCUGGCCCUUAUACCCGAGGUGGAUGCGGCCGUGGAGAAGGCACACGCCAUGGCAUCCACGCCAUCGCCCAGCGAGAUUUUCGCGGUUCCCAAGACGAAGCACUGCAACUCGAUCAUCAGAUACACACCAGAUCCCACGCCUCCAGUGCCCAACUGGCUGCAGUUGGUCAUGCGCAGCAAAUGCAAUCAUCGCACAGGUCCGUCUGGUGAUCCCAGCGAUUGCAUUGGCUCCUCGUCGACAACCGUGGACGAUGAGGGAUUUGGCAAGUCCAUCAGUGCAGCCACUUCGCAGGCGGCGAGCACCUCCAUGAGCACGGUUAAUCCCACAACCACUUUGAGCCUGAACAUGCUAAACACCUUCAUGGGAAGCCACAACGAGAACAGCAGCAGUUCUGGUUGCGGGGGCACCGUCUCCUCCCUGUCCAUGGUGGCUCUGAUGAGCACCGGCGCGGCAGGCGGAGGAGGUAACACCUCCGGGCUGGAAAUGGAUGUGGACGCCUCCAUGAAGUCCUCGUUCGAGCGGCUGGAGGUAAACGGAUCGCACUUCUCGCGGGCCAACAACUUGGACCAGGAGUACAGUGCCAUGGUGGCAUCUGUGUACGAAAAGGAGAAGGAAUUAAAGUGAGUGCGAUUGAGCCUGGUGUCCCAGCUCAAUGGAUGCCUAUUUAACGAGUCGCACAUAGGUUACAUUUAUUUGUUUAAAAAAAAAAUAUUUUUAUAACGUUAUUUUAAACAUGUCACCUCUCAGUUUGACAGAUUUCUUCCAUGCAAUAUUUUCUCAGUCGCCUCACAUGGCCUUUUUCUAAAAUAUUUUCAAUGCUUUUUGUGAUAAUUUGAAAAUAUUGUUUGAACAGAUUUCUUGAAUAGAUAGUUCCCCUCUUACGUACAUACUUAGAAAUAUGUAUUCCAGAUCUCCCCUUUACCAAAUACUUAUUAUAAACCUAAUUAAUUGUUCGGCAUAUCUCGGCCAGUCGGUUGGCACACAGCUUAGAAGCAUAUUUUAAGAUACAUAAUUGUUAUAUAUUAAGGAUGGUGAAAUGUGGCACUAUCCAAACCAUUUCAUUCGUUUAUUUUGUGACCCAAACCCCUUUACCAUUGAGUUAACUCAGAUAUAUAUUGGCUUUCAACGAAAGAUAAAAAAGAAAAUCGAAACCGAUGGAGGCGAGGCUCUAGUCAAUCCCCAGCCAAGAUUUCGACCUGGCUAAUUGACAAUUAGACAGAUUGCGCAAAUGGCAGCCCGUCAUUCUGUCAAUAUGUCGACCAAGGAGGGGAAAAGCUGGAGAAUGCCGGGCAUUGCUGAACAGUGUCUCACAUAAAUUUAUGGCAAGCAAUUAUUCAAUUUCAGCCAUUUGCGGCUGGCAAACGUUUUCCAGUUCGUAUGCGCGAUUUCAAUGGCUCUUUUUUGGCCACCAAAUUGUUCUUGGCCUUUUUUUUUGUGUGUGUGCUCAUGUUUCGUCUUUUGGCUCAUGAUCAUUGCAGCAGCGACAAUGUCUCUUUGGCCUCGGACCUGACCAGAAUGUAUGUGAGCGAUGAGGACGAUCGACUUGAGCGAACCGAGAUCCGGGUGCCCCACUAUCACUGAGGAUCCAAUUCCAAUCGAUCCUAACCGAUCCGAUCCGAUAUCCGAGUUUUGAGUGAGGCCCACCCAGCUGGAAAGAAUUGUACCUUAAUCAAUCAAAUCAAGUAACGUUUAAUAUCACCCGGCACAAGGAUUGUACAUUUUAUGACCUCUAAAUGCAAAAGUAUACCUGAUUAAUUAGCUACGCAUAACGUAAAUUACGCGGAUAAACAAAAAAAGUCCAAGCAGAAAGUGAAGAAAAGUGCAUUAUUUGGUUAAUGAAUGUGAGGCUCUGCAGACUGUUUGCCUAUGCUAGCCCACUAGAUACUCUUAAGUUAACCUUAGUUUCCAAUCGUAUUCGGUAUACCUACCUACCACAUACACACACAUACAUGUAAAUGGGCAGUUCCUGGUUCAAAUAGUGCAAAUAUACACACAUAAAUCUAUUUACACGUUUAAGAAAGAAGAGCGACCGGUGUCCAUCCACCAAAAACCAUCUGUAUGUAUAUCCUUAGUCAUAAGUUAUGCUUAGCAGUAAUAAAGCUUUCCCUGUAGCC